AUGGCUAUCAAAUAUCUCAUCUUGCUUUCCCGCCAGGGCAAAGUGAGACUGGCAAAAUGGUUCACCACUCUGUCCCCAAAAGAGAAGGCCAAAAUCAUCAAAGAUGUCUCUCAGCUGGUUCUCGCUCGGCGGACUCGAAUGUGCAAUUUUCUCGAGUACAAGGACACCAAAAUUGUCUAUCGUCGCUAUGCCUCUCUCUUCUUCAUCGCCGGCUGUGACUCCACGGAUAACGAGCUGAUCACCCUCGAGAUUGUUCAUCGCUACGUCGAACAGAUGGAUAAAUACUAUGGGAACGUGUGUGAACUGGACAUCAUUUUUAAUUUCCAAAAGGCCUACUUUAUUCUGGACGAGCUCCUCCUGGCGGGAGAGAUGCAAGAAAGCAGCAAGAAAAAUGUGCUGAGGUGCAUCAGUCAAGAGGAUAGUCUCGAAGAUAUGGAGGUAAGCAACGUUGAUAAUUCCUCACAUGCACCCCUCUGA